AUAUAGCAAAGAAGAAGCAGUGUUAUUUUGAUCGUUAAUUUUGGACAGGACAUUUGUUUGAUUUUAAAUGGAGCUAAGAUUGGACAUGCUGACCCUGUGCAGGACCUGCCUGCAGGAUGGCGAGGCCCACAUGGUGUCCAUUUACGAGGGAGGUGAUGAUAAGCUGCGCGGUGGCAUUUCCCUGUGCGAGAAAAUUGAAAGUUUAAGUGGAAUUCAGAUAAAGCCCACGGAGGAGGAGGUCCUGCCCACCAGGAUAUGCCUGAGAUGCAAAGCAUUCCUAACCCUGGCCCACAAAUUCCGACAGAUUUGUCAGCGCUCCAAUGAGUUUCUGAGGGAAUAUGUGGUAAAGGAUGCAGUGGCAAAGGAUUCAAUGGGCGAAGUGGAAAAGAAUGGAGUAGAGGAAAUGGAAAAUGAUGGAGUGGAGGAAGCGGAAAAGGAUGCAGUGGAGCAAGUGGUUAAUACUCCGGAUCCCACUCCUCCUCCACCUGCGGCAUCGGAGCAAUUCGAACAACUGGAGGUGGAGGUGCUCGAAGAGGGAGCUUGGUCUGCCGAAGAUUUGAUCGAGGAAACACCACAACCUCUACUUGCGGAGAAGGAGAAGCCCAUGGUUCUGGCCGUGCAACUGCUUCCAGCUCCAGUUCUGCCUUCUUUCCCAACUCCUUCUGCAGUCACCCCCAAACUCCAUGUGUGCGAGAUUUGUGGCAAUGGAUAUCCCAGGAAGAGUACCCUGGAUAGCCACAUGCGAAGGCACAACAAUGAGCGACCCUACGAAUGCGAGAUCUGUCACCAGAGCUUCCACGUCAACUACCAGUUGAAGCGCCACAUCCGCCAGCACACGGGGGCCAGACCAUACACCUGCCAAUAUUGCCAUCGCACCUUCGCUGAUCGCACUUCCCUUGUGAAGCAUGAAAGAACUCAUCGAAACGAGCGUCCCUAUGGCUGUAAAACCUGUGGAAAAACAUUUACCUAUGCUAGUGUCCUAAAAAUGCACUACAAAACACACACAGGAGAAAGACCUCACACAUGUCGACUCUGCAGCAAGACCUUUGCCCGCAUGCACAAUCUGGUGGCUCAUCUGCAGACUCAACAGCAUCUAAAUGAUCCACGACUACCAGCCUAUCUGAGCACCUUCAAAAUGGGAAGUACUGCAACUGAUGUUUAGGACGUUUUACCUCUUUCGAAUAAUACUGAUAGAACAUAAAAGUCAAAAGCUUCCUCAAAGACACACCUAUUACAAAAGUGUAAAUAUAAGUUUGACACCGAAUUAGAGUUUUCUAGAAGCAGUUAAUCUUCCAAGUAUACAAUAACUUGAUACUUUGUAU